GCCACGACGGAUGGCUGCCGCCCUCCCUCCGUCGACCGCCCCGCCGCUCCUCACCCGCCGCUCAGCAGCAGGCCUACUCCCCUUCCACCGGGCGCGGCGCGGGCAGUACGCCGCCGCACGGCAUGGCGGCUGCUGUGCGCGCCGGUUGCUCGCGGCAGCGGCGACCGCCGGCGCCACGCGCGGCCUGACGAGGAGAGCCACGGCUGUGGCGGCAGCCCAAGGCCGCGCUCAGGCCGGAGAGGGCGCGGAGGAGGGGUCGCUGCAGAUGGUCCUGCUCAGCACCGCCGUGGCCGUGUGCGGUUCCUUCGAGUUCGGCGCCUGUGUUGGGUAUUCUGCGCCGGCUCAAGCUGGAAUCGUCAGCGACAUUGGACUAUCCAAUUCACAGUAUGGCAUCUUUGCAUCUGUCUUGACGGUUGGUGCAAUGGUCGGCGCUCUGACCAGUGGCCGCCUUGCAGACACUCUUGGACGCAAAAUGACCAUGUGGCUGGCAGCAAUUGUAGGCAUUUUUGGUUGGCUUGCUAUAUACCUAGCCAAGGUACCUGUGUUCAUAUCUGAAAUAGCACCAAAGGAUCUCCGAGGAGGCCUUGCAGCCUCAAACCAGGGUUUUCAGCUGCCUACAUCAUUGGAGCAACAAUUUCGUGGCGCUUUUUGGUUGUCGUGGGCCAACAUCGGGAGAGAGAAAGAAUUCCGUGCUUCACUACAAAAGCUUAGGGGUGAAAAGGCUGACAUAUCUGGAGAGGCUACUGGGAUUAUAGAGUACGUUGAAUCAGUUCGGGAUUUACCUAAGGCCAGGAUUCAGGAUUUGUUUCACAGGAAAAAUAUGUAUGCAGUCAUUGUAUCCAAAUGCUACCAAAUUAAUUGUGCCAUUUUACUGACGAAGGAAACAUUCUGUAAUUGUUCUUCCCCUAAACUUCAGGGUUUUCUGAUUCCAAUCACAUUACUUGGGGCCCUUCUCAUGGAUAGGAGUGGAAGAAGAACCCUUCUACUGGUGUCUUCAUCUGGCACAUUUGUGGGCUGCUUUCUUACUGGGCUAUCAUUCUACUUCAAGGCACAAGGAUUGUACACACAAUUGGUUCCUACAUUGGCUCUUUACGGCAUACUGGCAUACUAUGUGGCAUACUCAAUUGGAAUGGGACCUGUUCCUUGGGUUAUCAUGUCCGAGAUAUUCUCAAUCAACAUGAAAGGAAUAGCAGGAAGCUUGGUAACCCUGGUUAGUUGGGUUGGUUCAUUCGUGAUAUCGUAUUCGUUCAGCUUCCUUAUGGAUUGGAACUCUGCAGGCACAUUUUUCUUGUUCUCAGCAGCGAGCCUGGUUACUGUGUUGUUCGUGGCAAGGCUAGUGCCAGAAACUAAAGGGAGAACACUCGAAGAGAUCCAAGAAUCGCUAAUGGCCGUUACAUGACAGGUUAAGAGGGAGG